AUGUCUGAUUCAAUGUCAAGUUUCUUGCAUAUUGGGGAUAUUGUUUCCCUCUAUGCAGAAGGCACUGUCAAUGGGUUUAUAAGCACUUUGGGACUGGUAGAUGACCGUUGUGUGGUGGAACCAGCAGCAGGAGAUCUGGACAAUCCACCCAAAAAGUUCAGAGACUGCCUGUUCAAGGUCUGUCCUAUGAGCCGAUACUCGGCACAGAAGCAGUUCUGGAAAGCUAAGCAGGCCAAACACGAGAAGGACAAGAUUGCAGAUGUAGUACUUCUUCAGAAAUUACAGCAUGCGUCCAACCUGGAGCAGAAACAGAAUGAAGCAGAGAACAAGAAGGUCCAUGGUGAUGUGGUGAAGUACGGCAGUGUUAUCCAGCUGCUACAUAUGAAGAGCAACAAGUACCUGACUGUGAACAAGCGUCUGCCUGCCCUGCUGGAAAAGAAUGCCAUGAGAGUUACGCUGGACGCCACGGGAAAUGAAGGCUCCUGGCUUUUCAUCCAGCCCUUUUGGAAACUGCGAGCCAACGGGGACAAUGUAGUGGUUGGAGACAAAGUGAUCCUAAACCCUGUUAACGCAGGCCAGCCCCUACAUGCCAGCAACUACGAACUCACCGACCACCCUGGCUGCAAAGAGGUGAAUUCUGUGAAUGGCAACACCAGCUGGAAGAUUAACCUGUUUAUGAUGUACAGUGACCACAAAGAUGAAGUCCUCAAAGGAGGGGACGUGGUUCGUCUCUUCCACGCCGAGCAGGAAAAGUUUUUGACCUGUGACGAGUACAAAUCCAAACUGCACGUCUUUCUCCGCACCACCCUGCGCCAGUCAGCUACCUCAGCCACCAGCUCCAAUGCACUGUGGGAAGUGGAGGUGGUACAUCACGACCCUUGUCGUGGAGGAGCGGGGCACUGGAACAGUUUGUACCGUUUCAAACACCUGGCAACAGGAAACUACCUUGCUGCAGAGGAGAAUCCAGGAUAUAAAGAGGAGAGUAAUGAUAUGCAGUUAAUGAGGGACAGCGCCCGCAAUAAGAGGAGUUUAGGAGAGAGGAUAAAAUACAAACUGGUGGCUGUUUCACAGGGGAAUGAUAUUGCCUCCCUCUUCGAACUGGACCCCACCACCCUGCAGAAAACCGAUUCAUUCGUUCCCAGAAAUUCCUACGUGCGUUUUCGUCAUCUGUGCACCAAUACAUGGAUCCAGAGCACAAAUGUGCCCAUUGACAUUGAUGAAGAGAGACCCAUCCGUUUAAUGCUGGGCACUUGCCCCACUAAAGAGGAUAAGGAAGCGUUUGCGAUUGUGUCCGUGCCAGUCAUGGAGAUCCGGGACCUGGAUUUUGCAAAUGAUGCUAGUUUCAUGUUGAGCACAGUGGUCGACAAGUUCAAUAAUGGUUUCAUCAGUCAGAAUGACCGCAGAUUUGCCAUUAAGCUGCUAGAAGACCUUGUGUUCUUUGUGGUGGACACUCCUAACAGUGGUCAGGCAGUACUGGAGGUCACAAUGACCAAGCCCAACCGAGAGAGACAGAAGCUUAUGCGUGAACAAAACAUUCUCAAACAGGUAUUUGGGAUUAUCAAAGCUCCAUUUAAAGAGAGAGAGGGAGGUUCUGUGCUUCGUCUGGAGGAGUUGUCAGACCAGAAAAAUGCCCCCUACCAAUACAUGCUGCGCCUCUGCUAUCGUAUAUUGCGUCACUCACAAGAAGACUAUCGCAAAAAUCAGGAGUACAUUGCCAAGCAGUUUGGAGUUAUGCAGUCUCAGAUUGGUUAUGACAUCCUCGCUGAGGACACCAUUACUGCAUUGCUGCACAACAACCGUAAACUGCUGGAGAAGCACAUCACAAAGACUGAGGUGGAGACCUUUGUCAGUCUGGUGCGCAGGAACAGAGAACCCAGGUUUCUGGAUUACUUGUCAGACCUGUGUGUGUCUAAUAAUGUGGCCAUCCCCGUAACCCAGGAGCUCAUCUGUAAGUGUGUCCUGGAUCCCAAGAACCAGGACAUUCUCAUUAAAACAGAACGACGAACUCCCAAGGAGAACUCCCAUGCGUCUGAGUUUAUGGAGGACUUUGGAGAGGAAGAUGAAGUGUGGCUGGUCUGGACCGACAAGACGAAUGAGAAGCAAGAGAAGAGCAUUCGUCAGCUGGCCCAGGAGGCCAGACAGGGAAAUGCUCAUGACGAAAAUGUGCUGACAUACUACAGGUACCAGCUGAAGCUGUACGCACGAAUGUGUCUGGAUAGGCAGUACUUGGCCAUAGACGAGAUUUCGAAGCAGCUGGAUGUGGAACUGAUAUUUCUUUGUAUGAUGGAUGAGACGCUGCCCUAUGACCUGCGUGCGUCCUUCUGCAGGCUCAUGCUGCAUGCGCAUGUCGACCGUGACCCUCAGGAGCUCGUUACGCCUGUCAAGUUCGCUCGGUUGUGGACCGAGGUUCCCACCUCUAUCUCCAUCAAAGAUUAUGACUCUCACAUGGACUCCUCGAGAGACAAUAAGAAAAACAAAUUUGCCAACUCCAUGGCGUUUAUGGAGGAAUAUCUCAACAACGUCCUCAACGAUGACCUGCCUUUUGCUAAUGAAGAGAAGAAUAAACUUACCUACGAGGUGGUGAGUCUUGCCAGACAUCUCAUCUACUUUGGAUUCUACAGCUUCUUUGAGCUACUGAGGCUGACACGCACACUGCUUGGUAUUAUCGACUGUAUCCCAAAUCCAGCCCUUGCAAACCAUCCGUUCCAAGAUGAUGGUGCCGGGAAGAACAUGAAACGCUCCAUUCAUGGAAUGGGACAGAUGAUGAGCACUAUGGUUCUUAGCCGAAAGCAGUCCAUGUUUAUAGGGCCGGGGCGACCAGGCAUUAACCUGGACGGCCGCAGCAAAGACAGCAUCAACAAUCAGGACAUCACUGUAAUGGACACCAAACUGAAGAUUCUGGAGAUACUACAGUUCAUUCUAAAUGUGCGUCUAGACUACCGUCUGUCAUUCUUGCUGUCUGUCUUCAAGAAGGAAUUUGUUGAGGUUUAUCCCAUGGCAGAUGCAGAUGCCACAUCAUCCACAGAGCAUGCAGCCACCAUAAACCUACAGCGUAUUGGGGAGCAGGCGGAGGCCAUGUUUGGUGUUGCGAAGGGGAACAGCAUUCUGGAGGUGGACGACGAGGGAGGGCGCAUGUUUCUGCGUGUGCUGAUCCAUCUCAUCAUGCAUGAGUAUCCCCCCUUGGUCUCUGGGGCCCUUCAACUCCUCUUCAAACACUUUAGCCAGAGACAGGAGGUUCUGCAUGCCUUUAAGCAGGUCCAGCUACUGAUAUCAACUCAAGACGUAGACAAUUACAAACUCAUAAAGAGCGACCUCGAUCGCUUGCGCACCAUGGUGGAAAAAUCUGAGCUCUGGGUUGACAAGAAAGGGAGCUCAGGGGGAGAUGGAAAGAAAGACAAGAAAGAAAAGAAAGACAAGGGAGAGGUGGGUCCUCCUUCUGACGAAGGUGUUACCAAGAAGGAUAAGCUUGAGAAGAGCAAUGAAAACUACCAAACAGUCAAAGAGAUCCUGGAGAGACUUAAUAGGAUGUGCAACACUGGUGUUCUCAAGAAGCAACAGAGACUCCUGAAGAACAUGGGAGCGCAUAAUUUCAUGCUUGACCUGUUGCAAGUGUCCUAUGAUAAGAACGACACAAAAAUGCAAGAGAUCAUCAAGUACACCCACCUCUUCCUGCAAAAAUUCUGCACAGGAAAUGUAGAGAAUCAAACUCUGCUCCAUAAGCACUUAAACCUCUUCCUCAACCCUGGGCUCCUAGAGGCAGAGACGGUCCAGCACAUCUUCAGCAACAACUACCAGCUGUGUACAGAGAUUAACGAGUCUGUGCUUCAACACUUCAUUAACUGCCUGGCCACUCAUGGACGACACGUGCAGUACCUCAACUUCCUGCAUACCAUUAUCAAGGCCGAGGGAAAGUACGUGAAGAAAUGCCAGGACAUGAUAAUGACUGAGCUGACCAAUGCCGGGGAGGACGUGGUGGUGUUUUACAAUGAUAAGGAGUCCUUUGCGACCAUGCUGCAGCUGAUGGCCGAAGCCAGAGAAGGGGUUCAGGAGAACAGUCCUCUCCGUUACCACAUCUCUCUGGUGGAGCUGUUGGCCGCGUGUGCGGAAGGGAAGAAUGUGUACACUGAGAUCAAAUGCACCUCGCUGCUGCCCCUAGAGGACAUAGUGAGAGUGGUCACACAUGAAGACUGUAUUACAGAGAUUAAAAUCGCCUACGUGAACUUUGUGAACCACUGCUAUGUGGACACCGAGGUAGAAAUGAAAGAAAUCUACACCAGCAACCACAUCUGGAAUCUGUUUGAAAACUUCACUGUGGAUAUGGCCAGGGUAUGCAGUAACAGAGAGAAACGACUUGCUGAUCCGGUUUUGGAGAAAUACGUCAUUAAUGUGGUGUUAGACACCAUCAAUGCCUUCUUUAGCUCUCCGUUCUCAGAGAACAGCACCUCUUUACAGUCCCAUCAUACCAUUGUGACCCACCUGCUGCAGUCCACCAUGCGUCUCCUGGACUGUUCGUGGCUUCCAACGCAGCACAGAGGACUGGUGGACACCUGCAUACGCACUCUCUCCAUGACCGCAAAGAGUAGAUCCAUUUCAGUUCCCAUUGAGUUGGAGGCUCAGAUCAGUCUGAUGCUAAACAACAGUGCUAUGAACUCUCUGUCUCGCUCGAGCGGCCAUCAGAAGAGCACCUCUCGCUCCAGUCGCCCCACUGUCUCCAACAACCCUUUAGACUACAAAAACAUCAUAGAGAAACUCCAGGACAUAAUUAACACACUGGAGGAGCGUUUGAAGCCGCUGGUGAACGCUGAGCUCUCUGUGUUGGUGGACGUGCUGCAGCAGCCUGAGCUGUUAUUCCUGGAGGGCACUGAUGCCAGGGCACGCUGUGAAUCCGGGGGCUUCAUCUCCAAGCUCAUCAUGCACACUAAAGCACUUAUGAACUCAGAGGAGAAACUUUGCAUUAAGGUUCUGAGAACUCUUCAAGAAAUGCUCAUCCGUACUCUAGACUUCGAUGAGAAGGGAAUUGCCCUGCGGAAGGUGCUGCUUCAAAACUACCUUUUCAACAACAACAAAAAAGGCAAUAGCAAGGCAGAUUUGGCUGAACUCGGAGGUGCAGAAGUUGAACGGGACUGGGCGGCGGUAGCCGCGGUGCAGUGUCGACUGGACCGAGAGGGAGGCACAAAGCUAUUCACGGACCUGGUCAUGAGUACUAAAAACGACAAGAUCUUUCGGGACAGUAUCCAGCUAGCCAUAUGCCUGCUGGAGGGAGGCAACACAGAAAUUCAGAACUCCUUCUACAAGCUAAUGAUGGGGGACAAUAAGUCAGAGAAGUUCUUCAAGGUCCUUCACGAUCGCAUGAGAAAUGCUCAACUUGAUAUCAAAGCCACCAUAUCUGUGAACGUUGGUGAAAUGAGCAACAAAGCAAGAGAUGACAAGGAUCUUGAAACCGGGUCUCAGCAGCUGGUUUAUCCACCUGCCGCUGUACCUCCUUUUGGUCAGCCGCAGUCCAUCGCACCACCUCAGGCCAUUGCACCUCCCCAUAAAAAACAGGAGGUGGAACCAGAGAUGAGCCCUUCUGUCAGCAUUAUGAAACCCAUCCUUCGCUUCCUACAGCUCCUCUGUGAGAACCACAACCAUGACUUGCAGAACUUUCUUCGAUGUCAGAACAACAAGACCAACUAUAAUCUGGUCUGCGAGACACUGCAGUUUCUGGACAUCAUGUGUGGUAGCACCACUGGAGGUUUAGGCCUGCUGGGCCUUUAUAUUAACGAGGGUAACGUGGGCCUAAUUACUCAGACUCUCGAGACGCUCACAGAGUACUGCCAGGGCCCAUGCCAGGAGAACCAGACUUGCAUCGUUACCCAUGAGUCUAAUGGCAUCGACAUCAUCACAGCUUUGAUUCUCAAUGACAUCAGUCCUCUGUGCCGCUACCGCAUGGAGAUGGUGCUGAAGCUCAAGGACAAUGCCUCUAAGCUCUUACUGGCCCUGAUGGAGAGUCGCCAUGAUAAUGAGAAUGCCGAGAGGAUCUUAUUUAACCUUCGACCCCGGGAACUGGUUGAAGUGAUAAAGAAGGCGUACCUACAGGAGAGCGAGCAUGAGGAUGGAGAAGUAUCACCCAGAGAAGUUGGCCACAACAUCUACAUCUUAGCUCUGCAGCUGGCUCGCCAUAACAAGAUAUUACUCCACCUGCUGAAGCCACCAAAGAGGGUUAAAGAAGAAGUAGAGGACAGCAUCUCUUCAAUGCUGAACCUGAACAACAAGCAGUUGUCUCAGAUGUUGAAGUCUACAGUACCAGCAGAAGUCACUGAGGAGGAUCCUCUGGAACACUAUGAAAGACAGACCGCACAAAUUGAGAUAGUGCGAGAGGAUCGCAGUAUGGAGCAGAUCGUCUUCCCUGUUCACCCCAUCUGUGAAUUCCUGACGGACGAGUCCAAAUUCCGCGUCUUUAACACCACGGAACAAGAUGAGCAAGGAAGCAAAGUCACGCAUUUUUUUGAACAGACUUCCUUCCUUCACAAUGAAAUGGAAUGGCAAAAGAAGCUUCGCAGUAUGCCAGUGCUCUACUGGUUUUCCCGCAGAAUGACUUUAUGGGGAAGCAUUUCCUUUAACCUGGCUGUCUUCAUCAACCUCAUCAUUGCCGUCUUUUAUCCCUAUAAUUCCGGCCAAGGUAAAGGUGUUGAUUCCUCCCUACUCUCCAUGCUCUUCUGGGGCUUCGCUGGUUUAUCCGUAAUGGGUCUGUUCUCCCAGCGCUAUGGGCUACGGCCCCUCACCAUAGCGCUCAUUCUACGCUCCAUCUACUAUUUUGGCAUCGGGCCUACUCUGAUUUUGCUUGGAACCCUAAACCUCAUCAAUAAGAUAGUGUUUGUGGUGAGUUUUGUGGGCAACAGAGGCACGUUCAUCAUGGGAUAUCGUGCCAUGGUGAUGGACAUGGAGUUCCUGUACCACUUGGCUUACGUUUUCACCAGCACGCUGGGCUUGUGUGUCCACGAGCUCUUCUACAGCAUACUGCUGUUUGAUUUGAUCUACCGUGAGGAAACCCUCUUCAACGUCAUUAAGAGCGUGACACGUAACGGCCGCUCCAUCCUGCUAACGGCGCUCCUGGCCCUAAUCCUGGUCUACCUCUUCUCCAUCGUGGGAUUCCUCUACCUGAAGAAUGACUUCAUCAUGGAAGUGGACCGACUACCUGGUAUGCAUAUGACCAACGGUUUAAAACAUGGAGCUCAGGAGUCUGUGGGUUCCUGUAGUGGAGAUGGGGUUAGCUGCACUGCUGCUGAGAAAUCAGUCCCUGCUGUUCUCGAAGAGCAAGAUGACACAGAGCGUGCCUGUGAUACACUGUUAAUGUGUAUCGUCACUGUGCUUAAUCAUGGCCUGAGGAAUGGAGGAGGAGUGGGAGAUGUCCUCCGCAAGCCUUCGAAAGAUGAGGCGCUGUUCCCAGCUCGAGUGGUCUACGACCUGCUCUUCUAUUUCAUUGUCAUUAUCAUUGUCCUAAAUCUGAUCUUUGGCGUCAUUAUUGACACCUUUGCGGACCUGCGUAGUGAAAAGCAGAAGAAAGAGGAGAUCCUUAAGACAACCUGCUUCAUCUGCGGUCUUGAGAGGGAUAAGUUUGACAAUAAAACAGUGUCUUUUGAGGAACACAUUAAGGUGGAGCACAACAUUUGGAACUACCUGUACUUCAUCGUGUUGGUGCGUGAGAAGAAUAAAACUGACUAUACAGGUCCAGAGAGCUAUGUGGCUCACAUGAUCAAGAAUAAAAAUCUGGACUGGUUUCCACGCAUGCAGGCCAUGUCGCUAGUGGUAACAGAAGGGGAAGGAGAACAGAACGAGAUGAGAAACUUACAAGAUAGACUGUCCGCCACCAUGAAGGUGGUCACUCAACUUACAGCACAGCUAUUGGAGCUCAAAGAACAGAUGACAGAGCAGAGGAAAAGAAGGCAAAGAAUGGGUUUUGUAGAUGCCCAAUCUACUUCCAAUCCCGGAAUGCCACCGAGUGCUGCUGGAGGAAAUCAUCAGAUCAACAAGUCUUGA